AUGACUGCCGCCGUUGCCGUGGUCUUGGUCCCCUCCUUGACUUCGGCUCAAUCUAAGAACGCAACCUUGAGCAUCCUCACCAACAAUGUCUACUUCUUGAGCACUAACCUCUACCCCAACUGGGGCCAAGUUACGCGAGCUGGACUCAUCAGCAACUCGGACUACAUCAAGGACCACGAUGUUCUUGUCCUCCAGGAGUGCUUUGACUUGACUGCCUGCGAUGUCAUUCGCUCUGGACUCGCCUCCCAGUACCCUUACCAAACCCCCACGGUCGGUCAUAGUAAGAGCGGCUGGGACUCAACUUCAGGCAGCUAUUCUGCAACCUCGGUUGAGAACGGUGGUGUGACAAUCCUGAGCAAAUGGCCUAUUAAGCAGAAGCAUCAGUUUGUUUACAAAAAUGGCUGUGGAGCUGACUGGUUCUCUAAUAAGGGCUUCGCGUAUGUGAUUCUGGACUACAAGGAAACUAAUAUCCACGUCUUCGGUACGCACAUGCAGAGUGACGAUUCCAUGUGCAGUUCGGGCCAGGCUGCCAAGUACCGUGGUCUCUCUUUGGAUCAAUGGCGUCAAUUCAUUGACAGUCGCAACAUCCCUGCGAACGAGCUGGUCGUUAUGGCAGGUGAUUUCAACAUAUUAAAGGAUUCCUCAGAGUUCUCGGGUCUCAUCUCGAGGUUAGGUGCGGUUCAACCGAAAAGGUACCAGGGCUGGCCCUGGACCUGGGAUACGGUCGAUAAUACGAUUGCGAACUACAACUACCCGGAUACGGUCAAGGAGCCCCCACAGUACAUUGACUUUGUGUUUACCGAUGCAAAGCAUUCUGCCGGUGUUCGAUCCUCAGUUCAGACUUCGCUUAGGGUCAAGUCUUCCCCAUAUGUGCUCAAGGGAGCUACCUACAACGAUUACAGUGAUCAUUACCCCGUUGUCACCGAAAUCCAAGUGGACCUGUAG